ACAAACCAAAAGCCGGACAACCUGUGAUAAAGCAAAAAGAUUUUGGCCGAUUUUAAUUUUCAGUCAUCGUACAUUUCGUAUGAAUGUUUUUCACGGCCACUCGAAUCUAUUUAGUCCUGACCUCUUGUUUGCCUUCCACAUGCCGUAGCUGGUGAAGUACUAGAAUUUUUUGUCCCAGCCCAUUUGUAGUUAUAUGCCUGAUAACCUUCCAUGACAAUUUCCCCUGUUCUGCAUUCUGUUCUGAGAAUUCAGAGAAUAGAUCUGAGCAGAAUCUAGAGCAUAGGAUUUGCCUGGUUUAGGAGAUCUUAGCGGCACAUUUUAGAGGGUUUUGAUAUUUUUCAGAUUUUUGAAGAUGAACGGGAGCAAAUGCAACAAGAUCAGACACGUUGUGAGAGUGAAGCAGAUUGUACGAAAAUGGAGAAAGCUUGCGAGUUCGCGGAAAGCUGCCCUAGGCUUCUUGAGCUGUAAAGUUUUCGCUCGUUUGCGAAGAUUUUCCUUUGAGGCGAUGAAGGAUUCGAACCCGCGACCUGGUGUUCCUGGUGACGUCCCUGCAGGCCACCUGGCUGUAUAUGUAGGGAAGCAUUUUACGAGGUUUGUGAUCAGAACGGCGUAUUUGAAUUACCCUGUUUUCCGUACUCUUUUGGACGAGGCAGAGCAAGAAUUUGGCUUCAAUUAUGGAGGAGGCAUUGCAAUUCCCUGCGAUGAGCUGCUGUUUGAGCAAAUUCUCCGCCUAUUUAGCCGGAAUGAUCUGUCUAUUGUAAAGCAUCUAAAUUUAGAGGAGUUACAGAGUAUAUUAUAUGCUAACAAGGAUUGGAUGCGCCAUUGCUCAACAGAGGCCGUGCUAUUCGAGAAGGACUCGACGCCUCUUCUGUCUGUUAACUGAAGUGAUUAUAAACCUUCAAUCUGAAGGAUAUGAUCAAAUUGUAUACAUUGCACAGAAGAGGCCAGGGUUUUAACCUGCAUAACUUAGCAAGAAGCAUUUAUAUAGAUCUGAAAUGAUGAGAAAUUAAUCCUAGAACUAGUGAAUUAGCCCUAAAUUGAGGCGUGCUUCAGAGUCUGGUAAAUCCAUCAGACCUGUUAUUUUAAAUGUAAGGAAUGCCGGUAUUUAGACCGACUGGACUUACUGAAACUGAUUUUUCAGGUACAAUGUAAUUACUUACUGUUUCUGUAAAUUCAAGUCGUGAAUUUCGAAGCAAAUUUGCAUUUCUGGUACGAA